AUGCGAGCCAUCCUGCCAGGCCGACCCCAGUCGAAGCGGCAAGCCUUGAGUACUGCACAUUGGGAUGGCCUUCGUCUCGUUGCAUAUAUCUCGGGCAAUGCGGCAGUCAUCCUCAGCGGUCCCGAGACCAUUCUCCAGACCAUCUACGUGGACACCGUUGAUAACCUCCUUGCGAUAACAUUUGAAGAGACCACCGGUCGGAUAGCCCUCUGUGACGAUAGCCGUGUCUACAUUUAUAGACCGGUCGGUCGCGAACAAGGAGUUCUCAGAUGGGUGCUACAUCACGAAUUGAAGAAUCCCGAUGGACUGCAGGUGACUUCGCUGUCCUGGGGGUUGGCCGAAGAGCUUUUGCUUGGGGGUUCCCGACUGGUGCUUUGGUUCGUUCCCGAUACAUCAUUACCGACCAUCGCCUGGGACCAGAGUCUGGCGUACCCUACUGCGCUGGCAUAUCUGUCCCCAGACAGCAGCCUCAUUGCGUCCAUUGGACACCAUGACCGACUGGUCAAGAUCUGGAGGAGGCUAUCUUAUGAGGUUGAUCGGGCCAAAUUCGACAUCUCAUACCUACCACACCCGGUGACGGUGACGAAUCUGCACUGGCGGAAACCAUGGCAUCUAGAACAGAAUCUGGACAACCUGCUAUAUACAUUCUGCUCCGACAACAUUAUCCGAGCCUGGACUACCUUCGAUCCACAUGCCCUGGCGGUCCUCCAACAAGUUGGGACGAUCGACAUGAAUGCCUCGAUACAGCCUCGACGGCUGAGCAUCAAUUCGAUGAGCACAAAACGGUAUGCUUUUAUCAUCGACAGUCGCGACUUUUCGAGAGCGACCGAGAGGGCUGUUCAAGGGUCAACUUCCACGGCUGCUGACCAUGCCCUCGAGCAUCUCAUCGAGAUAGCGAACCGGAGCCCCGAAAUAUGCGUCGUUCUCGAUGGUUUGGGUCACAUGUCAGUAUGGGGCCUGGAGAAUGCCGGGUACAAGAACAGAGUGGUUCCAUCUGUGUUUCAUAUCUCCCACGUGGACGGAAUGAACAUUCUCGUUCCGCAGCUGAGCGAUCCACAGAAGGAUUAUGUCCAGUUUUGCAUAUUUGCAGGCGGUGUGACCCGCUCGUCCAUGUCAAUUCUUCUGCAUUCAUUUGCCGGAGAUAUUGACUGGUACGACAGCCCGAUCACACAUCUCUUUGAUACAGCCAACAGGCGCGAUCGGACGCGGCUCAUCUCGACCCUGGCGGGACACGGAGCCCCUAUCCAACGGGUCGUGCGCAAUGUCAAAGGGACUGUCGUUCUGUCUGCCACCGAGGAGUGUCAGGCCAGUGUAUGGCAACAUGCAGUGGGACGUUCAAGUGCUCCAAUCCUGCGGCGAUGCUCAUUUGCCGUGGACCAUGAUAUCAGAGAUGCCGUCAUACUCUCUCGGGGACGAUAUGCCGCGAUUUCAACGGCCGUGGGUCUCGAACUGUGGGACAUCCGAGAAGCGAAGGCAAAGAGGCUCGGAAUCCGACGCUUUGACGACAACCGUACCCCAACGUGCAUCACGCAGAGUCGAGUUGGCAGCGAACGAGCGUUGACAAGUCGUGUCAUAGUGGGAUACUUCCCCGACCACACCGCGGAAGCGUGGGAACUACUCCUACCAGCAAAGGAUGACAGAUCUCAUUCGACGAACAACGGACAGCUGGAAAUCAUUCGCUCUUUGGGCAGGGUGAGGCUGCAUGUGCAGAACCCCUUUCCAUCUUUAUUGUCCAUAUGUGACAAUAUGAGCACAAGUGACCGCCCAACCGAUCCAAGUGAAGCCAAUGCGUUAUGCUUCACCGCAGUAUUGGCUGACGAGGGUACUCUAGAAUUGGUCAAGGCGCAAGAGGAAGCCGACUCGGCCAAGCCGUUCUUGACGUCCGGUUCGAUCUUCCAGAGCAACAUCCGAGCCCCCAAGGCCAUCAGCGCCAACGGGCGUGGCAAGGUGGUGGUGGUCAAUGACGACGCCAGCAGUAUGAGCAUCUGGGAUGCCAGAACAGGCGCCUGGGAGUACGAGCAUGAGUGGGAUGGAACCGAUACUAUCAAGACAUUCGCCUGGGCCGUGUCGCCGGACGGAGCCGCAUUGGUAGCGCUAUGCUUUGAUUAUCAUAUCGUGGUGCUCUGCGAGAUCCGGUGUGCUUAUCCACGCCUGGAGAGAGCCUGGGUGGAUAUCCGUCAUAUCCGGAUGAGGGAUUACACCACCCAGUCCGUCGGAGAUCUAUGCUGGCUUCGCAGUGGUGAUCUUGUGGUUGGGACUGGUAUCCAGCUUUUCAUCUUCGAGGGGUUUGCCAUGAGCAAUCACAACCAAGAAUCCAAACCCUUACAAGAUGCCCGCAAGACAAUCCAGACUGACUCGACCUUCGCCGUCAUGUCGAUGCUCAACUCGCUGCUGCCUCUGUUCCACCCAACCUUUCUGUCGUUGUUGACAUGGCUAAAAGGUCUCAAAGCCACCAAACAUGUUCUCUACGCCUUGCACCGCAGUCUCAAAUUCUUCGCGGAAGGUGACACGCUACCCAGUCUCCUGGACAUGAACAUUGAGGACAUCUCAGUCGACGACCGAAAGGGUCCAACCAAGUGGUAUUCGCUGUACGACACCAACGGCGAGCUCAACGGUGACUUCGAGCCCCAGAUUGGGCAAAUAGCCCACGGCUUGACCGAGAACUUGAAGCGAAACGAGUUAUGGCAGCUGAACAGCGAAGACAAGUCGCUCCUGAUGGGUUCGAUCGCAGAAUGGUCGGAAUUGGAAAAGGAAGAACGUUCGCUCGAUGCCAAUGGGCGGCGCUAUCUGCAAGCUCUGUAUUCAUCGGAUCAUGAAUGCGUCACUUGGAAGGCGACUGUCUUUGCCAGGAUGAGCAUCUCCCAGGAAGUUCUGGUCGAGGCUGUGACACAAUACUACGGUGGGAAACUCACAUGGGAGUCCGCGCGGAAGUCGGGCCUGUUCAGCUGGUUGUCGGAUGUUGAGGCCCUUCGUUUACAAAUGGAAGCCGUCGGUCGGACGGAGUUCACCAAGCAUGAGGAGCGAAACCCGGUGGAUUGUUCACUGUUCUACUUCGCACUCGGGAAAAAGCCAGUGGUCCGAGGUCUUUGGCGGAUGACCACUGGGGUGCGUGAAAAGGAGAACACCAUGAAAUUCCUCGCCAACGAUUUCAGCCAGCCGCGAUGGAAGGAAGCCGCCCUUAAGAAUGCCUACGCGUUGCUCAGCAAGCGUCGCUUCCAGUACGCCGCGGCGUUCUUCUUGCUGGGAGGCAGUCUCUGGGACGCUGUCGCUGUCUGUCUUCACCAGUUGCAGGAUCUGCAACUGGCCAUUGCCAUUUCAAGGGUGUUCGAGUCUGAGCAGGCUGAUUCGGACAUGACCAGAUUGGUCGAACAAGCAGUCCUACCUCUGGCGGUGCAGAGUGAAGAGGGUCGGUGGAUGGCCAGCUGGGCUUAUUCUCUGCUUGGUCGACAGGAACCGGCCAUCCAGGUCCUCGUGCAACCGGUGCAUCACGUCACCCGCAUUCCCCUUGAUGACAUUGAAGGGAUGGUCGGAUCACUGAGUUACGCAGCCAACGACCCUCUUCUAACGGCUCUGUACACCCAACUGCGAGACGAAUUUGUGAAACAGAACAAAUGGCGGAAUGUGGUCAGCGCCCAAGAGGAAUGGGGGUUUGUGAUGCGUUGUGUCCGACAGUAUCUUCGCAUGGGAUGCGAUGUGCUCGCCUUAUCACUGGUGCGAGACUGGGAGUUUGUGCCUGAGAGCAGGGAUCUGACCGAACCAGGUCCGGGCUCGCCGGUCCCUGGAAUCCAGAGGAGGAAGACGUUUUUCGAUCUCGAGAUGGAAGAAGAGGAAGAAAUGUCGCCCAAGGUUCAACCGGAGAAGAAGAAACCGCCGCCCACGCAGUUCGUGGAGCCCAGUGCAGACAGUUUGCUCGAUAGUUUUGGCUUUUGA